AUGAAUAUACUGGGUAUCAUACUUUUCGCUUACUAUGCUUCACUAGCAUGUGCAAAUACAGAGUCUUUUAUAAUUCAUAUCCCUUCCGAAUUUCCUUUGGCCUCUAACGAGGUUCCCGAAGUCACUCAUCCAACUAUAUCAUUGAAAGGAAUAAAUCACCAAACUAAAACUUUCUCUGUUCCUGUCGAUUCCACCUAUUAUAUUGAGCUUAAAGAUGUCAGUGUGGGCGAAAAUUAUCAAAUAAAAAUAUGUUGGACAGCACUAAAUCCUGUUUUUAUUGACGAAACGGGCUAUAAAAUUGUACCGCAUAUGACAAAGUUCCAGGACACUGUUGAUGAACAUAACGCCCGUAUAUUCAUAUAUUUUGACGUUAUAGGAGAGUCCUACCCUCCUCUGAAAGCUGUAGAUAUACCCAUAAAUGUGUCUGUGGUUAAUAUGAAGCUUGGGAUUCCAGUUGAUCUUUAUGGAACUUUGGUGUACAUAUCACUAGUGGUCAUUGGAAUCUAUUUCGCAAGCAGACGAUACAGAGUGUACGAAAAACUAAAGAACAAUUGA